UUGAUACUACAGGCAGCCAACAAAACUGGCGGACGCCGAGGAUGCGUGCGUUCCGGCGCCAAAUUGCGACACGAGCCCAAACUCGUGAUAGCCAAAGUUCCAGCUGGGGCCCUGUUAAGCCUCUUCCGCUCAGAGCCACGAACGUCGAAGACGCGGCUCCUCGUCUGAAGCUCGGCGGGGUUAAGCGGGACUCGACUUGGUGCAACCUUCUCCCCAGGAGGAGGGGCCGCAACAGUAGCAGCUAUAGAGGGGGAGGAGGAGGAGGAGCCUCAGCCUGACAUUACGACUUUCCUCCUUCCCUUGGCGAGUGGGUUGCAGCAGCUGGCAGGCGAGCGGCAGAGCGCUGUUAGCGGUUUCGCUGCCGCUCCGGCCUGCUGCUCCAGGUCGCAGCCAUGAGGCGUCCCCGCGUGCCCGACUUAGCUCAGUGAAGUUCGCUCAGGAUGGAUCUGCCCGGCGCUUCGCUGCAGAAGGCUUGCCGCCUGCUUGUGGUCUUCUGUGCCCUCCACCUCUCGGCUGUGCUCUUCUACUACCUGAGGGGCAACACGCUCGGUUACCAGCGGACCCCGGAGCCGCCUCCUCGCAGCCAAACCUUCGGCCGUCGGGUGACGGAGGCACUCCUCUCGGCCAAUGUCUCCAAGCCCGCCGUGGAUUGUCCCGACCCUUCCCCGUUGCUGUUUGGUCCACUGCAUGUGGAGUUUUCAGAAGUUGUGAAUCUGAAGGAUGUGGAGAAGGCAAAUCCAGAACUCAGGGAAGGAGGCCGCUAUACACCAAAGGACUGCAAAGCACUUCAGAAAGUGGCAAUUAUUAUCCCUUUCAGAAAUCGAGAUGAACACUUGAAAUACUGGUUGUUUUACCUGCAUCCAAUCCUGAAAAGGCAGCAGCUCGAUUAUGGUAUCUAUGUGAUUAAUCAGGAUGGAGAAGAAACAUUUAAUCGUGCAAAGCUUCUGAAUGUAGGCUUCACAGAAGCUUUGAAAGAAUAUGAUUAUGACUGCUUUGUAUUUAGUGAUGUUGACCUAAUCCCAAUGGAUGACAGGAAUAUCUAUAAGUGUUACGACCAGCCCAGGCACCUCUCUGUAUCUAUGGAUAAAUUUGGAUUUCGCUUACCUUACAAUCAGUAUUUUGGAGGUGUGUCUGCUUUAAGUAAGGAACAAUUCCAAAAAAUCAAUGGGUUUCCCAAUAAUUAUUGGGGCUGGGGUGGCGAAGAUGAUGACAUUUAUAACAGAUUGGUUUUUAAAGGCAUGGGGAUUUCCCGCCCAGAUGCUGCAAUUGGAAAAUGUCGAAUGAUUCGCCACAUGAGAGACACUAAAAACGAGCCCAAUCCACAGAGGUUUAACAAAAUUGCUCAUACAAAGGAAACAAUGAAAUCUGAUGGUCUAAACUCUCUGACUUACACCGUAAUAAAAACUGAUAAAUUUCAAUUAUAUACAAAAAUCACAGUGAAUAUUGGAUCACCAAAAAGCUAAUGUGGCAGAAAUGCAAUAGAAGACUUGGAAUACCCAAAAAGUGACAAUUCAACUUUUCAGCAUUUUAUAAAUGAUUUUAUGCAAUCAACUUGAAAGACAGACACCUGUUUUGUCAUCCUGAGACCUUGCAAUUGGCAGACAAGUGAGAAUUUUAACCCCAGAGUUUGCUUUUUUUCAUUUUUAAAAACUUUAUAAACGAUAAAUAGAAGUUGUAAAUAUAUGAAUUUUCAGGGAAUGGUUGGAGACUUAGGUGCUCACUCCCCUUGGAAAUUUUCCCAUACAAGUGUCACAAAAAAGAAUGAAAGUUGUAUUGAAGCAUUCUUUUUUUUUCUUUUCAAAAUGUUCUCUUUUAUGUUAGGAAGCUAACCUAAGAAGGAUUCCUAGUGGAUAGAGGCCUAUGUAUUUGAUGGGCAUUCUCUCCACUUUAAAAUAAUGAGGGUCACAAUUUGAGAACGUUUUUGUUUCCAAAUUGUGAAGUAUUCUGCAGUGGUAAGUCAUUUCCCUUUCUUCCUGCUCUUUUCCCAAUUUAAUUUAAAAAUUGGUCACUGUAUGAAAAUUCUGUGGGUACAAAUGGAAGGAUUGGAAAAUGCUGCUAAAGUGGUUUGAGUUUACAUACUUUGAUUUAUCUUCCCCAAAUCAUGUCAAAAUUGUUCCUUCUUGUCUGAAAUCUUCCAUGGGGAGAACAGGAACUAGAAACCUCAAAACAAACAGCUUUGCAUUCUGUUCUGCUGGCAUGGAGAUUUAAAUAAUGCAGGCCUCUUUGCCCAACAGUGUAUCAGCAAGCCAAAAUCUUGAAACCAUGGUGCUUGCUUUAUCUAAUAGGAUCAUAAGCCCAGUUUUUACAUUGGGCUCACUGCACUAUGGGAUGAAAAUAUGAAUGAAACUGUUUCAUCCUAUCCUUUCCUAACCCAAUCAUGUUAGGUUGCUAAUUGAAGCUUCCUAUUUUUUUCUGGAUCUAAUUGGGUGAUUGUGGAGAAGUCAGGUUAAAAUGUACACUAUAACCCAGAUCACGCAGCAUCCCUUCCCUAAGAUAUAGAAAGGAGAAGGUGUGCAUCCAAGUCUCACACUCGGUGCCAAGACAUUGUGGUGUGACCUGCGAAUAUCAGCUUCAAAGGCACAAGGGAUGCUGAUAGGUGGAAGGCAUCGUUCAUGGGUUGGUCCAUGGAGGCAGAAUAUUGCUAGGACAGCAAUACAUAAACUUUAGCUUGCUUAUGUGCUGUUGCUGUUUGAAAAUGAGCCACUUCUAGAAGUAUUUUAAAAGGACAAAGCCUGUGUGUAAUGCUCAAACAGAUGGCCUGCAAAACAUCUGCUUUGGAAUUAAACUGAGCAUUGUAUUUAUUCAUGUGAGAAACAUCUCUGUUCCUGUGGAACACUGAUGGAGUCUCUCCCAAGCUAAUUCUGCAGAGUUGACCUUGUCUUAGGAACAAGAACGGGGAAACGGAUAUUUGGCAAGAGUAAGACAGCAUUACUCUCCAACUGACCAGAACCUGUCAACUCUGAGUCAGUCUGCUGGGAUUUCCUCAUCCAAUGGGAAGUUAUGCUUCCAGAUUUUCUCUAAAUAAAGGUGGUGGAGGGAGACAGUCAGUUUUCUAGAUUAAAAAAAAAGGCAAAGUUCUUGCUUAGUUAAAUCAUAUAGAUGGGGCUCAGCCUUCCAACAAAGUUCAGAUGAAGAAUAUCCUAAGCCUAUUGGGACCAUUUAUUGCUUGAGAUUGUAUGUGUACGUGUGAUAUUGGGGUGUAAAGCCUACUCAGGUUGUAGUAGGAGCACAGAAAUGAAAAUGGCCCCAGGAACUAGACCCUGUAGUGAGCAGGACAAACUUUUUGAGAGCUAAAAGUACCAAUACGUCUGGUUGUAAGCAAUAUGUUGCUUGCAAGGAAUUCAGCCAGGCAGAGGUAAAUAAUAACCUGAAGAUUUGGGGUGCAUUAACUAGUUCAUCAGAGACCUUCUAUGGAAGUGGGGAGGACUUUUUAACUUUCUUUUUGCUCUACCUGGCAAAAUUGUAGCAGAGAGGUGUGCCAAUAACCAGUAGCAUAAGCUCUAAGAUAAGAGAACAGUUCAAAUAGAAUUUCCUCAGUGAAGCCAGUUCUUGAUACUGCAAAAUAAACAUGAUCCAUUUAAGAACCAGGUUAUUGCCAGAUUGCCUUACAUGUGAAUGGAAAGUUUUGUUUCAUGUUCUACUGCUCUAAUGAAAUCUUUUUCUUACUGGAGCAUGGCAAAUAUUUUCAAUUCUGGUUUUAUAAAGUGCCUUUUGGUUUUUAAAAUGAUUUGUCAGGAAUGUUUACUAUUGUAAAAGCCUAAAUGUUACAAAAUGUCAAACAAAGGUGUAUUUUCUCAGUGUUUUGUGUAAAACUUGAAGUCUGCUGCUGGAUUUUACUGUUAAAAAUAUUAUAGGGGAAUAGGCUAAAGCAAAUGCAGCAUAAAAUGGCAUGUUAGUACCAUUAAAUUAGCCUAAGUGACAGGCGACAUCAUGUUUUAACUAGAUUUGAUUUAUGGAAUCAGCCUUCACAAGAACAUUCAGUUUGCCUUACAAAUAUAUUCAUCUCCAUGUCUGAAGAAUCAUAAAUUAUGGCCUGUUGGGAUAUUGUCAUUUCCCCACUCCAUUAUGAACUGUUGAUGAAGACAAUGAAGCAUAGCUUGAGGAUCAAAGUAGAAUUUGCAUCCCAGAACUCAACAUCCUUGAUUUUUAUUUUCAAAAUUACAUGCUUCUAUGAGAAUGUUUCCAAUGGUUUCCUUCUAUAAAAGGAAUAGCCUCCCAAAGCUUCAGCAUUUUUAUUAUCAAGCAGAUCCUAACCAGUGGUUAGGGACCUGCUCAGAACUCGCAUAUUUUCAGGGAUGGAGAUAACUUUCAAAUUUAGCUUUCUCCUGUAUCUGCCCUUCCUUCCUUUUUUUUACGGACGCAAAAUAAUCAGUUUUAAGAAAGUAUCUUGGAGGGAUAGUCAUAUCCCUCAACAGUCAGGGAAAGGAAGGCCUACUUUCCAUGCUAAUGACCAUCAAUAGCUUUUCAACUCCACUUGUCCAACUGCAUCACCAAAGGAAACCAUUCCCAGUUCAUUUCAAUCAACCUUUCAUAAACUGGUCUGCUUCCAAUGUGUGUGGGUCAUUGUAAUCCAGUGCAACUCAAGGACACCAAAUUGGCCAAGGUUGCUUUUGCUGCUUACAAUAGCAGAGAAUGUGCACAUUGCCCCCAGUUUAUUCACAUCUGAGGCAAUCCCUGAAAUAGAGCAGAGGCACUGUCCCUGUUACCUCAUUGGAAACUAUAUGUUUCCUAACUUCUCAAGCACAUUGGCAGCCAGUUGUGUAGUAGAUGAAAGUUCUUGUGUAUAGCUCUUAGUAUGUGACAUUCUUAAAUUUUAGACUAUGAAGAAAGUUGGAUGGGAGAAGCAUUUGGCUUCUUCAUGUCAAUUGUUUCCCCUUUUGUUCAAAGAAAAGCAAAUGGCCAAAAUAAGCAACCCCAUCAUUGUUGGAACAAGGGAUCCCUUUGUCCUUUUGAGAUGAAACCUCUUCUAAAAAUCUCUAAUAGAAAUAUUAAGCUUUUCCCAGAGUGAGAUUAAUUGAGGUAGGAGGGUGCAAUUGCAGAGGGAAGGCCGUUCAAACUGAUAUUGGGUUUUCCAGUGUGAAGACGCUUCUCCAAUCUGGUUAUCCCCUGAAACAUCAGGAUACAACUCCCAUUGUUCUUGUGCAACAUCCUUAGUUUGCUGCCAUGAAAUCUGGGCUUUAUCAUAACAUGAUAGAACAAAGAGAGAAUGGCAGGCAAGAAUUAUCUCUUGCUCUUCACUACUCUUGCUUAAUUUCUGAAGUGUAUGUGACUGUAGUUUGUUAUCUUUGACUGCCAAACUUUAAUUUUUUUAAAUGUUCAGCUCCAAAUGCUUAAUUUCCCCUUACUGUACUGUGGCAUCCUUUUGAGGCAAGAAAAAAGUUUUAAAUCUUAGGCAGUCUGACAACAAAGAAGCAAUUCCGAUAUCACUUACUCAAAGCCAGUGUUUCUCAACCUCAGCAAUUUUAAGAUGCGUGGACUUCAACUCCUAAAAUUCCCCAGCCAGAACUUCAGGAAGUUGAAGUCCAUGCAUUAAAGGUGUUGAAGUUGAGAAACACUGGUCUAGGUAACCAAACUCUUCAAUUCUUUCAGAUUCCCUCUUCUUGUAGCAUUUGGAACAAAUUAAAACUCUAUUCAACAUUUCUCUGGACCUGAUAUGUUUCUAAAUUUUUCCUUGGUUUCUCCAGCUAUAGAAGCUGGAGGAACAAUAUUUAAAUGUCUGCAUUAGCAUUAGCUUUAUCUGUAGGCAUGUAUUUGGGGGCUCACAUCCAUCUGAGUACCUGUUGCUGGGAAAACUGAAUUUGUGAUGUAAGUUAAAUGUGAAUAUUAAGGUUAGGGUUUUCUUCUACAUUUUUUACUACACAACAGCUCCUAAUGGCCUUAACAAUUUCAUGUACCCUGUAAAUUCAAUCUCCCUGCCAACCUCUUUUGGAAAUUAUAGAAAUGAGAAGCUUUUGUAGACAUUUUAGAAUUAGAUUAACUGUUCUUAGUGAAAACACAAGCAUGAAAAAUUACAAAUCAAAAUGAAGGCUGAAAUCCUGUAACAUUCUGAGAACUUCUAGCUAACGGAAUACAGAUGGUAUUUACAAAUUGUCAGGGUUAAUAUGUUACAUUAGACGUCAGUAAAACAAAUCUGAGAUGCAGUAUAAAGUCCACUCCAGUCACUCAGUUCUUUAUGAGGACCACAUUUCCAUGGUAACAAUAUGGCAGACAUUUGCCACUGCUUUCUUCCUGGGAUUUUAUUUCAAUUGUUGAAUUUAAACUGUAGUUUUUAAGGAUUUCCUUGUGGUACCCCAUUCAAAUGCUAAUCAAAUACUGCACAUUUCUGCCUUUCUGAAAUCAGUCAACUUUAGCCCACAUUCUGUUCUCUGCUGUGAAAAAGCAUCAUAUAAAAUCUCUCAGAGGCCUUUUAUUGAAAUAAUAUGGUAGGCUGAGUUUACAAAGUACAAGUUGUGAUCUUACUUUUCAUUUACCACUUCCCCUAUUUUCACUGGACACGUGGAUGCCUUUUAAAAAUCAGGCUCAAUUGCUAAUAUGGAUACAGCAAAUAGGUUUUCUCACCUAUAAAUAUACAUUCCAGCAAGCAACUAUUAUGGUAUCCAUCAUACAGCACAGUUUAGACAUAUGGUUACCUGUAUGUAAGUAUGUGUGACUUGGAUGUGCACAUGAAAUUCAGGGAAAAUUGCCAUAGAACCUUAUUCAAUAACCUGGUUAUAAUUUUCAUCUCUUCAAGGUGUUUGAGAGAAGUGCCUUAAAAUAUUUUUUGAAGUGAAUGGGGUGAAGGGAUAAACAGUGUUUGCUCAGUUACUUUAGCAUUGCUGUGGGUCAUUUUUGCCUUUCCAGAAAACAGUAUGAAAGAAAUAAUAAAAGUUGCUGUAUAGUAA